AACACUGUCGACUUGUCAAUUUCUGUCAAACACAUUUUCAGAAAAUCAGUAAUUAAUAAAUUAAUAGUUCGAAUAACAACAAUCGUUCCACGAAGUUUUUGUUUUAGGCUGUGGUUUAUUUUAUUGUCGUAUGUCCAUCCAGAAUUUAAACACUCGAGACCCCUUUGCUGAUGCAAUCAAGGGCAAUGAUGAUGAUAUUCAAGACGGACUUGUGCACAUAAGAAUCCAGCAGAGGAACGGUCGAAAGACAUUGACCACUGUGCAGGGCUUAUCCGCGGAGUAUGACUUGAAGAAGAUAGUCCGCUCCUGUAAAAAGGAAUUUGCUUGCAAUGGGACUGUAAUCGAACAUCCGGAAUAUGGUGAAGUUCUGCAACUACAGGGCGAUCAACGUGAGAAUAUUUGCCAAUGGUUGACCAAGGUGGGAUUAGCUAAGCCUGAUCAAUUGAAAGUGCACGGCUUUUAAAUUGAUGCCAAGGAACAAACAGUGUGGAUUUUUUCCUAAGUCUUUCAUUCUUAAGCUAAACCAAACUUGCAAAGUUCUUUGUUCAGAAUAACUAACAACACUCCUGAUAGAACAUUUAUAUAAAGACAAAGCAAUAGACCAUUAACUGCGAACAAUGUUAAUCAUAAAGAGUUAAAUAAAAUUAAAUGUUCAAUUUAACAACAAUA